CUCUUCUUGUGUGAAAUUAAUUUAAAUAACUAUUUUUGCUUUCAUCAAACUUUUUGAAUGUAUCAAAGAUUACUCACCCAUAAUGUUUUGGCCCGUCAACCGAGGCAACUAGCUAUGCAGCCACCGCUAACAUUAGCUGACUUUGACCUAGAAGUCAUAGUUGCGUAGGUGACACCUACCUUACCAACAUGGUGUUCUAUGUCCAACAUUUUACAUCCCAUCGGGGCUCUUUGGCUAAAAUCUGGUUGGCAGCGCAUUGGGAGAGGAAGCUCACCAAGGCCCACAUAUUUGAAUGCAACUUGGAAACAACCAUCAGAGACAUAAUUUCCCCAAAGAUUAACAUUGGUUUGCGGACUUCUAGUCAUCUACUCCUUGGUGUGGUCAGGAUCUACUCCAGAAAAGCAAAGUAUCUCCUUGCAGACUGCAAUGAUGCCCUGGUCAGAAUUAAAAUGGCAUUCAGGCCAGGUCAGACAGAUAUGCCAGUGGAUGGGCUUGAAGCCACAAUUAAAGCUAUUACUUUGAAUGAAGAUUUCACAACCUUUGAUACCCAGCUGCCACAUCCCAGUGAAAUAGAUGUUGUGGACCACUUUUCCCUAAACCAGAGUCGUUUAGAGGAAAUCACUCUGAGAGAGGAUUUUGGAAAGGACUUUUUGAGCUUCACAGACAUCGCAGAUGAGUCACUUGGCCAGCCAGAUGCACUGCUGGACCGGAGUUUCAAGAGCUUUGCAGAAACUGGAGACACCUUUGGAGAUGAAGACAGAGAAUACGAUCUUCUUGAUUUUCUGACAAACCCCAGUGAUCAUGCUGAGCUCAUGGAUUUCAUCCUAGAAGAGCCUCAAAACCAAGAGAGCUCUACAUUAAUUGAUCAGCAUCAAAUAGAUGCUGACAGUAGAGAUCCUGUUCAGGCACAGACCCCCUCUCUAAAUGAGACCACUCUGCUCGCGGAUGAGGAGGUUGCCUUUGCCCUGGAGCCUGUGACCAUCACUCCAAACUCAGAAAAGAAGAUUGGAAAGAGGAGACGCAAGCUGGUGGUGGACCGAACUAAAGAGCUAAGCAACGAUUUCAUCAAAGAGCAGCUUUCAGAUUAUUCAGACCUGGUUGCUCCUUUGGACAUGGCCCCACCGACGGUGCCGCUCAUGCAGUGGAAGGAAAGCGGAGGUGUUGACAAACUCUUUUCACAGCCAUGUUCCACCGUAGUGAAUCCACAAAUAAAAGAGAUCUUUGCUAAAAAAAUCUUCCAGGUGAGAUAUUAUAGUGUGAAUGAGGAGAUAGAGGCACUUCGUCAAGAGAGGCAAGAAGCACACAGGGAUCUGAGCGCCCUCUCCUCAAACAUCAACAGCAUUCAUUUGUCAUUCGAUUCUGAAACGACACACAACGCCGAGCUGACAGCUCUUGACCACAUGAACAACAACUGUGAGACUAAUUCACAGUUUGCACAAGAUGAAAACGGGUCAGAGUGCACUCAUCCAGAUCUUCCAUCAGAGGACUCCAUGUUUGUCCAUCCAUCUUGCCCGGUGCAGGACACACAGGACACACAGUCCACUUCCCUUCACACUCAGUCUAUGCUGGAUAGCCAGGACUUUGAAGAAAGGAGGAUAACCAGGCGAGCGCAGAAGCUUCUGAAUGUUCUCAAAAGCCGAAGCACCAGUGAAGCCACAUUUAGCCUGGGGGCACUAUGUGAUGGAGCCACCCGUGCCAAGGCCGCAACCACCUUCAUCUGCCUUCUGGUCCUAAAAAAACAGCAGCACAUUGACCUCCAUCAGAGUGCUCCCUAUGAGGACAUCAUUGUCACACCUGGACCCAAUUUCUGCAAUUAAUGAAACAUGUUAGCUUUGUAAAGUUCCCUCUUGGGUUCAUCAGUGGUUCGCAGUCCUGGUUCUGAUGGAUCUUCCUCAUGCAUGAGUUGGUUUCUGGGCUUCAAAAAACAACUUUGUAUGUCCUUGGCCAUUUCUUUUCCCUUCAAGAGGAUAGAGGACACUUUGAAAGCUCUUUGCUAGACUGUUUUUACGUACCUUGCCUCAGAUGUUUCACAACUCUAAAUAUUUUAAUCUGCACAAUCUUUGUGUUUAUUUAUUCUUUUAAUUGUUAUUAUAUAUUUACAGCAUCUAGAUUCAUGCAUCACUUCUGUUUGGACUUCACAUUCCUGCAUGCCUAGUUUGUUUUACACCCGUUUCUUUUCUGUAUGUUACAAGCACAAGAUCUUAUAAGUCACCUCACUGUGAGACCCGUUCCACCCCAGGUGUCGCUUGAAUUUCUGUUUCGUGUUUCUUUUUUUUUUUUCUUUUUUUUUUUUUUUUUGUGAGUGUGAAACACCAAAUUGACAAUUUAUUAUAAGCACAUGUUUUAGAAGGGUUGUAUUUUUGUUGCUCACGUUUGAGACACACUGUUCAAAUAACACAUCCUGGGAACCUAUUCAGAUUUGAAAGGAGUUGUGUCCCCUACCUAAACCCCGAAACUUAGUUGCACCUGCGCAUUGCCACACUUUACCUCUACCGCCUAAUUAUGCAGAAUUUUGCACUUGAUCUUUUUUGUGCAGGUUCUGCUGCUCACAUUAGGUGCAGGCCAGGAUAUUGUCUUCUCAAACAACUUUGCAUCAUAUUGAGAGAUGACUACUUUUCAUAAAAGGCACAGGAUUGACUACAGAGAACUUCAAAUCUAACAUUUUUGUUUAACACUAAUUUUUGGAGGGUUAUAUUAAUAGUGUUGAGACUUUGGUGUUUAAGCUGGUUGUGUGCUUUUUCUGGGGGUUUAAAUAACUUAUGUAUGUCAUUGUGGAUUUUUAUCAAAAUAAAUGUAAUAAUAUAUUAA